AUGUACCAGUCACAGGUGGCAAAGCUGAAGGACGACAUCUCCAAAGAGGCCGAAGAAAAGGCGCUGCUGAAGGAGGCCCUGGUGCACAUGGAAGAGCGGCUGCACCGGGAGAAGAGGGUCACCAGGGCGAUCAGGCAGCAGAAGAUCAGUGCCCUACAGCAAGGCUACAACCAGGUGCUGUGCCAGAACCUGCCUGAGAGAAACUUAGAAAUCACCUCCCUGAAGCACGAGGCCAAGAACUUAAGGAGGGAGACCGCCAUCACGUCAGAGAUGGUGUCAUCUUUGCAAAGAGACGUGUUAGUAAAGGAUGGCCAAGUUCAACAACUACAACAGGAAGUGAAUCAACUGAAAAGUGAGAACAAAGAAAAGGAUCACCAGCUCGAAGCCCUCAGCUCCAGAUGCUCAGUGCUGAAAGAAGAGUUACAGAAACAAGAUGCCCAGAAGGAGAACUGGGAAGCCCAAGAGAAAGAGUUAAAACUCUGCAAAACCCAAAUCCAUGACAUGGAAAAAGAAAUGAGGAAGCUCAGGGUGAAGCUGAAAAGGAGCAAUAGCGAGCAGAGCCUGAUCUCUAUGACGCUGCGGGAAAAGAGCAAGGUGGAAGAGAAGCUUCGGGAGGAUUCCAGAAGGAAAUUGCUUCAGCUGAAAGAAAUGAGGAACAGAGAAAACCUCAUUAAAGCCAAUUUGGAAAGGGCAGUAGGUCAGAUGAAGAUCAACAGUUCUCGGGAAACUCAGCAGUAUUUGCUGCAAGAAGAGUUACGGCAGCAUCUGGCAGAGAAGGAGAAGCUGACCGAGGAAAGGCUACAGCAAGAGGAGAAGCUGAAAGCCAGAGUCAAGCGGCUAAUGGCAGAGAACUCGGUUGGAGCCAGAAAAGGCACCCCAAAGAUGGACCAAGGAAGAGAGAUGCUGAAGAGAGAAAUGUCCAGCAAAUCCAGCCAGAGCCUUCUGUUUUCUAAACCUGGUGGAAGGAACUAGAAACGUCGUCCCGCUGGGCCUCGCGUGAUCCUCCGUGAGUCAGUGUAACUCUUCUGCGUCAAACUACUAAGAUGCUUUUUUAGGACAUUAAAGGUUGCUACCCUAGUGUGUUGCUUCCUAGACUGGUAUUUUGCACAAUACUGUAUUUUGGAGUGUGUGAGGAGAGGGGUUCUUUUCACAGAUAUUAUGAA